AGGACGAUGGAGACCGAGCACAGACCGCCCUCUAUCUACCAUAGAGAGCGAGCGCAGAGCAACCCCUCUCUACCAUAGAGAGCGAGCGCAGAGCGCCCCACCAGACCCAGGCCCAUGCAGAGCGAGCGCAGAGCGGCCCCUCGGUACCACAGAGAGCGAGCGCAGAGCGGCCCUGCCAGGACCAGGACCAGGGAGAGCAGGGGCAGAGCAGAUCUUUGACAAGGCCCGACGGGAACAGCCCCUGCUCCCCGCACAGCCAGGGCCAGCGGCAGCUGGAGCGGAGCGGCUCGUUGCGGUCCCAGCGAUCACGGCCACUGUGCCUAGGGCCGAGCGUCCCGCCCUUGCAGGAUGCCUGUAGCCUCAGCGGUGUCUGGCCAUGGACCAGGGCUCCGAUGCGCUAGGCGCUGCACAGACACGGGACAAAGACACGGGCUCCGAUGCGCUAGGCGCUGCACAGACACGGGACAAAGACACGGGCUCCGAUGCGCUAGGCGCUGCACAGACACGGGAUAAAGACACGAGCGUUGCGCUAGGAGCUGCACAGACACUGGACAAAGACAUGGGCUCCGUUGCGCUAGGCGCUGCACAGACACGGGACAAAGACACGGGCUCCGUUGCGCUAGGAGCUGCACAGACACGGGACAAAGACACAGGCUCCGAUGCGCUAGGAGCUGCACAGACACGGGACAAAGACACGGGCUCCGUUGCGCUAGGCGCUGCACAGACACGGGACAAAGACGGGCUCCGUUGCGCUAGGAGCUGCACAGGGGACAAAGACGGGCUCCGAUGCGCUAGGCGCUGCACAGACACGGGACAAAGACACGGGCUCCAUUGCGCUAGGCGCUGCACAGGGGACAAAGACACAGGCUCCGAUGCGCUAGGAGCUGCACUGACACGGGACAAAGACACGGGCUCCGUUGCGCUAGGCGCUGCACAGACACGGGACAAAGACACGGGCUCCGUUGCGCUAGGCGCUGCACAGGGGACAAAGACACGGACUCCGUUGCGCUAGGCGCUGCACAGACACGGGACAAAGACACGGGCUCCGUUGCGCUAGGCGCUGCACAGGGGACAAAAACACGGGCUCCGUUGCGCUAGGCGCUGCACUGACACAGGAUAAAGACACGGGCUCCGUUGCGCUAUGCACUGCACAAACACCAGAGGAAGAAAUAGCCAUAACACAGCUGCCAAUCUAGUGGGAAUCAGGAGGACAGAGGGGUGUAAUAGACACGUGGGAUCAGUCAGUGGAAGGAAACAGCGAGGCAUAAGAAGCAGCUGUCCCAACUCACUAGCUGCCAAGCCUUUGUCUGUAGCCCCAACUGCAGAAGAUUUCAUAGACUUUAAGGUCAGAAGGUACCGUUAUGAUCGUCUAGUCCGACCUCCUGCACAACGCAGGCCAUAGAAUCUCACCCACCCACUCCUGAAACAAACCCCUAUCCUAUGUCGGAGCCACUGAAGUCCUCAAAUGGUGGUUUAAAGACUUCAAGGUGCAGAGACUCCUCCAGCAAGUGACCUGU